AUGGCUGAAUACGAAGCUUGUAUUCUUGGUUUAAAAAUGGCCAUCGACAUGAAUGUCUACGAGUUAUUGUAUGUGCAAAAUCUGUGUAAAAGGUUUCGCAAGAUCGAGUUCAGACAUACUCCCAGAAUACAGAAUGAAUUAGCUGAUGCUCUAGCCACCAUCGCUUCAAUGAUCAAACAUCCGGAUAAUGAUUACAUUGACCCGCUGGAUAUAGAGUUGAAGGAACACCUAGUCCAUUGUUCACAUGUUGAAUCAGAACCAGACGGUUUGCCUUGGUAUUUUGACAUAAAGAGGUACUUGGAGUCUGAGACAUAUCCGGAAGACGCUACAUCUAAUCAGAAGAAGUCGAUAUGUCGUAUGGCUCUCAAUUUCUUUCUAAAUGGAGAAGUCUUGUACAGGAGGACUCCAGAUUUGGGUCUUUUAAGAUGUGUGGAUGCUGCUGAAGCUGUGAGGCUUAUUGAACAGAUACAUGCUGGAGUUUGCGGCACACAUAUGAAUGGGCUUACUUUGGCAAGAAAGGUUCUUCGAGCCGGUAAUUUCUGGAUGACUAUGGAGAAUGACUGUUGCAAAUUCGUGCAAAAAUGCCACAAAUGUCAAGUGCACGGCGAUUUGAUACGGGUGCCACCUCACGAACUUAACGCUAUGAGUUCACCUUGGCCAUUUGUAGCUUAG